AUGGCACAAGCCCCUGUGGCCCCGUCGGCGGAGCUUCAAGAUCUCUACGCGACGCUCUACCAUGCACUGGAAGAGGAAGCUUUUGAAGAGGUGCUGUCUGCCGCUGACGCAGUUCUGAAAAGCGCGCCCGACGAGCUGGAAGCCCGGGCAGCAAAGGCAGCAGCAGCCCUGCACACAGGGGACUAUGCUCUUGCCUUAACCACGGCACUUCCAGCUCAGGAUUUCGAACGAGCCUAUGCAUUGUACAGACUGGGACGAGGUUCUGAGGCCUUGGCUGUCUUGGACGGAAGUCCCGAGCAGAAUGAAAUAUCCUUUCGGCAUUUGCGGGGCCAAGUCUUAUUCAAAGAAGGCCGAUAUGAUGAGGCCAUUGAGGUGUUCUCGGCUCUGGUCGAGGAGGGACGCAAGGCGGGAGACGAGGAGGAUGUCGAGCUGCUGACCAAUCUGUACGCGGCCUUCGUGGCAGCCCGUCGCGGCCAGGAGGCUUUAUCUCGUUUUCCCCUGGAGGCAGAGCUGCGUGAGACCUCCUACGAGUUGGCUUUCAAUUCCGGUGCCGCCCUCGUCGACACGGGCGACCUGAGUGCCGCUGAAGCGCGUCUGCGGGAAGCUUUGAAUGUCUGCGAGCGACUGGGGUUGGAAGAGGAGAUGUCGCCUGUGGACAUCCUGAACGAAGGGAGCGGGAUUCGACAGGAGCUGGCUUACGUCUUGGCCUCCCAGGGACGACGCCGGGAGGGCCUGGAGAUGGUGUCGACGCUGACAAAGAAAGCGAACAAGCUCUCGGACCCUGUGGUCCGCGCCUCUGCGAUGAUUACCGCGGCAGCUUUGAAGGGCGGUAGGGGCCAGACCAAGGCGCAAGGCGGUUUGAACAAGUUGCAGGCAGCCUUAGAGGAGGCCGGGCCCAAAAUGAUACCCGGACAGAGCAUUUUGCUCCGAGUGAACGAGGCGCUGAUGCUGGUGCAUUCUGGCAGGCUGGACGACGCGGAAAAGGCGGUGGCCGCGCUCAAGAAGGAGGCAGCUUCGGCGACGGCAAAGGGGGGAGGACAGGCCCCGGGGACCUGGCGUGUGGCCCUGGUCGAGGUCGCGAUCAAGAUGCAAAGGGCCGCGACCGACCCCGCGGGAGACCUCCAAACCCUGUUCCAGACCGUGCAAGCCAUGGCGCGUGGCUCCCCGUCGCAGGACAGCGUCGACGCCGAGCAACAAGUGGGCACGGCCUGGGCCCAGUGCCUGGUCUAUCAGGGAAAACUGCGCGAAGCCGCCCAAGUGCUGGAAUCCAUACCGUCCCUGCAAGGAUACCCGGCUGUGGUCGCCACCGUGGCUUCCAUUUACGCCAAACUCGGCUUGGAGGAGGAAGUGCUGGCCACAUUCGACCGUGCCGUCUCCUCCUUCCCGCCCUCUCUUCCUCCUCCCUUCCUUGCCAAGCUGUUGCGGGGAACUGCGGCCCUCCGCCGAGCCAAAGGGGAUCAAGCAGGGGCCGCGACGGCCUUGCGCGCGCUUUUGGACUCGGACAAGCUCAAGGGAGAGCUGGACAGCGACGUGAGGCUCCGCACGCUGGCAGACUUGGUCAUGGCAAUGUCGUGGGUGGACGGAGAAGAAGCAGGGAAAAUCGCAGAGGCGGAGCUGCCGGCGGUGGAAGGGGAAGGAGGGAACGAGGACGAGGAGGUGGACGCCAGCAUUCUAGAGGAGGCCGGGCUGCCUCGACGGCAGGGGGGAGGAGAACGGCGGACGCUGCCGCCCGGCGCGGCCCCUGGGGGCCAGAAGGAAAAAGAGGAGGAAGAGCAAGCCAAAGCAGCGAAAAAAGCCGAAGUCCGGAGGCGGCAACGGGCCCGAGCUCGAACCGUUUAUUUGGCGAAACUAACGGCUGAGGGGAAAUACGACGCCAGUCGUCCCGGCCCUCCACCAGACCCUGAGCGAUGGAUUGCCAAGAAUCAACGCUCGUACAACAAGCGUGGCAAGAAAGGGAGAGGCAAAUUUGUGGGUGCUCAAGGUUCAGGGAACGGAGCAGCCAGGGACGCGGCCAUGCUGGAUGUGGCAAGCCGGGUGGAAGCGGAGAAGAAGAAAGGGGACGAGGACGGCAGGGGUGGCGUGAAAAUGGGGGGUGGAAGAAGGCGGAGGAAGUGA